AACCCCCCCGCCCCAAGCCCUGUGAUCAGCUAGCAAGACAGCGUGUGAGUCUCUCUCUCUGCCCUCACCUCCCUUGACACUUGGCAGGACUCCAAACUGCAUCUUUCCUCUGUGAUCCUGGACUCCAGAUACCAUUAGCAAAAAUUAUCAACAGUCACAUUGCUGGCGAAGCCAAAUGAGGAAGCAGUUUAAGCUGUGAAUUUCUUCUUCACCCCCAUAGAACAGUGACGACCAUCAUUUUUGUCUUCACGUAGAGAGAUGCUUUGAGAACAAGGUUCUGCAGUGAUGUGAUUACAGGACAAUCUCAGCUUUUUGUUCUUUUCUCUCCUUCCCCCGCCCCCCCCCCCAACUUUAAAAUUUCAGAAAAUUUACUUGAUAGCAGAUGUUGGCUUGGAGAUCAAGUGGAACAAAUCUUUUUGUCAAGGCAUUAACAUUUCCACAGAGCUCUUCAUUUGUCCAGAAUUAGCUCAGGUUUUGUAAAACUGUUUUUGUUUAAAGAAAUUAUUACACAGAAAAGGCUCCUAAUAGCUAGAAGAAGUAAUGCUUUAUAGCAUAUUAAUCAAAUUUAAGUAUAUUCUGAAUGCCCACAUUGUAUUACCCGUAAUGUAUUGCUAAGUCACCUUGAAUAUUCUAGCAUCUGAUAUUUCCUGUAAUUGCAUUAAAAACAAUGUCAUAAUUAUUAAGUAAACAUUUUGCAUAAAAAUAACUUUGUUAUGUCCAAUACAAUUGAUUCUUAGCCGUAGGCAUAAUACAAAUAUAAUACUGCUUUCUUUGUACACAGAAUGCUUAAGGUUGUCUUAAUGGACCUUAGACCAAAUAUGUUUUUGUUGUUAAAAUACAGUGGGCUUAUUUCUUCUGUCACAUCAGUUUUACAUUGGUUUUAACUCCACUGUCUUCAGCGCUUACUCCUGAUUUACUCCAGAUCAAAAUCAAGCCCAGUGUGUAUCAGAGUAAAUAAUGUAAAAGUUAUCUAGACGGACGCUGGCUGGUUACAGACAUUAUCCUUGUUAUUUGAUUUAACAGGGAUCCCCAGUGUUGCAACUGAUGAAAUGUGACACAUGGAGUUCUGUUAGGGUGACCAGAUGUCCUGAUUUUAUAGGGACAGUCCUGAUUUUUGGGUCUUUUUCUUAUAUAGGUUCCUAUUACCCCCUGUCCCAUCCUGAAUUUUCACGUUUGCUGUCUGGUCACCCUGAGUUCUGUGGUGUGGCCAGUGGCCGCAGACAAGUUGCGCAGGUCAAAGAUGAGAGCUGAGACCAUAACCCUCUCCUACUCUACUAUUUUAUCAAGGAGAAGGGUGGCUGCAGUCUGCUCCACUAAAUACAAACUAGGUGGCUUAUGGUAUGUUCUCUUUGUGUCCCUCAUAUGGACAAAAUAUUGGGCACCAUUGAUUUAACACACAUAAGAUCAAAUCCUGAAGUCCAUACUUCAGGCUUAAUUCUACAAACACAAACACAGGCAACUUUACUCACAUGAAUAAUACCGUUUACGGCAGCAAGUAAAGUAGUAAAGUCACUCGUUUAAGAAUUUGUAGGAUCAAGUCUUUAGUAUGUACUCUUCUUAUUAGAUAAAACUCGCAUUGACUUUAAUAAUCAUUUUGCCUGAGUAAAGACAUCAGGAUGAGUAAAAAAGUUAUUAAAAUUGCUUUUUUUAACUCUGUCUUUGAUUAAUUUUAAUUAAAACUAAAAAACAUAGGGAGAGUUAGUGUUUGUUCAGAGCAUGCAUUGCCUCCUUUCAGGUAGGCAAAUGACUCCAUUUCCUUUUAAACAGUUGUGCUAAGAGAAUUUUGUCUGAAAUACUGGACAUUUUAACAGCUAGAUUUCCUUUAAAUCUUUUCCACUGUUCAAUUCAUGUGAUAUCUGUUAAUCAUAUUGUGACAUCUAGUUGACUCUGUAGUAACUGUCCCACUUGUAGCAAUCCAUUUACUGUACUUUGUGAAGUUUCAUUAGCUACGGGUAUACAUUGCUUAACAUGGUAUCCCUUUUAUGUUAGAUGUGUUCAGCUGGUUUUAAAUGUGGUGUGUUUCUAACAUAUGCUGAAUAUUCAUUUACAGCUUGUUUAUAGACAGAGGUUUUAUGUAAACCAUUUUUAGUAAAAGGAGAAUGUGAUUUGUCUGUAUGGGGAUGUUAUUAAUGCCCCCUGCUGGCAAUUUGAGAGUGCAGAGUUGGUGUUUCUUCUACUGGCUGGUUCUGCUUUUUCUUUUUACAUGUGAAGGCCAUAGUGGUGGGAGGACUAACAGACGGUGGUGGAGAUUUUGACUGAGCUAAGAGUACCAGGAAAAUGAAGAUGGAUUUGAACUAGUAUCCUGGAGCACAGUGAAAAAGUUUUAAUACAAGACAUCAGAAAAAAGUGCUGCAAUGUCUAGUGUGCUGAGGGGACAAAGAGAGACUUACCACUGCAUCUUGAAACACUCUCAGAUGAUUUGAGGCCCGGCACCUUUCUGAAGUUAAAACGUUCUUUCCAGCGAGGAUUUUGCAGGGUCUUGAAGGAGUUAAGUGGCGUGGCCUUUAAAGCCCCAUGAAGCCCAAAAUCUGUGGGCCAAUCCACUUUGAACUAUACUGUGCUACACUGAGUGGACUUGUGAUGCUCCAGCUGUCUAGUGGUCACACAGAUGGGUUUGAAAGGAAGGAGGGACCAUGAAGGUUACAUUUUUGGAAGAUCACAACUGGAGCUGUGAAGAAAAGAAAGGAAGGAAGGGAAGCAGUGACUGAAUGGUAUUUCUUACAUUAUUUGAAGGAGAGAAGGCCCUGGGGACCUGCAAACAAUCGGGCAGUUUCUGAAAAAUCUUUAUGGUAAAGGAUAAUCCAGGACUUCCUGUAGAAGAACAUAGUGAAUGAUAAUCCAGAGCAGCUGCUGGAGCAUUGUGCUCACAGGGAGAUGAUUCCUCAUGAAGUCACUGGAUCCCCUUCAGAAAUCAAAUGUGACUUUCCAUUUAUCAGACUGAAAUCAGAACCAGCCAAACAGUGAAGCAAGAACAGUGAAGGGGGGACGGCGAAAGAUGAAAUCCAACCAAGAGAGGAGCAAUGAAUGCCUGCCGCCCAAAAAGCGAGAAAUCCCCACCACCAGCCUGCCAUCUGAGGUGAAGCCAGUGGUCCUGCCGAACGAAAACCACCGCACGGACAACUUAACAUGGCUCUCCAGUACGCCCAGCAGCCAGAGCAGCAUGAGUGGAAGGCACCGGCCUGGAGGGAGUUCAGUGGAGAUUGGCUUGCAGCAGGGUUUACACAAAGCAUCGUCUACAGGAAUGGACUAUUCCCCACCGAGUGCUCCCAGGUCCGUUCCAAUCUCAACAACGCUUCCCACAGUGUACUCGCCUGCACUCUCACAGUCAGGGACGCCUGUAUCCCCGGUGCAGUACACGCACCUGCAGCACACUUUCCAGUUCGUUGGGCCCCAGUACAGUGGACCAUACGCCGGAUUCAUCCCCUCCCAGUUGAUUUCCCCGACAGCCAAUUCCGCAACUUGUGCGGCAGCCUCUGCCACUGCUGUUGCAACCACUCCAUCCCAGCGAUCCCAGCUGGAGGCUUAUUCCACUUUCCUGGCCAGCAUGAGCAGCUUAAGUCAGCAGGGGCAGAAAGUUGAGCAGCAUCUAGUCAGGACACCUGGAUUGAUUGCAGCAGGGUCUCCUCCACCAACCCAGCAAAACCAGUAUGUCCACAUUUCCAGCUCUCCCCAGAGCGCAGUCAGAAAUGUGUCUCCUCCUACCAUCCCAGUCCAUUUGCAUCCCCACCAAACGGCGAUUCCACACACCCUCACCCUCGGCCCCUCCUCCCAAGUGGUGGUGCAGUACUCGGACUCCGGGGGCCACUUUGUUACGAGGGAUUCUACCAAGAAAGCCGAGAGCAGCAGGCUGCAGGCAAUGCAGGCAAAGGAAAUACUGAAUGGAGAGAUUGAGAAAAGCAGGAGGUACGGCCUCUCACCCUCUGGAGAUGUGAGUCUAGUCAAAGCAGGCAAUAAACCAGCUCCUCAUCAUUAUGAGACCAGACAUGUGGUGGUGCACUCGAGUCCUGCUGAGUACAGUGCACGGGAUUCCUCAGGCAUCCGGGCCUCUGUUAUGGUUGUACCGAAUAGCAGCACACCUAUUACGGAGAUGGAGGUACAGCAGGCUACCAGCAGAGAUACUCCUCCCUCAGUCCUCAAUGACAAGGGAAACCUGCAUUUAGGAAAGCCAGCCCACAGGUCUUAUGCUUUAUCUCCGCAACAGACUAUGGGCCAUGAGGGGGUGAAAGCGGUCGCCACACUGUCCCCCCACACUGUCAUUCAGACCACCCACAGCGCCUCAGAGCAACUCCCUGUUGGGCUGCCUGCGACAGCCUUCUAUGCUGGGACCCAGCCGCCAGUAAUUGGCUAUCUGAGCAGUCAGCAGCAAGCAAUCGGUUACCCUGGAAACCUGCCACAGCAUCUGGUGAUCCCUGGCACCCAGCCCCUGCUUAUACCAGUUGGCAAUGCAGACGUUGAAUCAUCAGGAGUAGCACCUGCUAUAGUCACUUCAUCUCCCCAGUUUGCAGCAGUGCCUCAUACAUUUGUCACUACCACCAUUCCUAAGAGUGAGAAUUUCAGUGCUGAGUCUAUAGCAACCCAGCCAGCCUACCAAGCAGCCUUGGUGCAGGCCCAGAUCCACCUCCCGGUGGUGCAGUCUGUAGCUUCUCCAACGGCAGCUCCUCCUACACUGCCUCCUUACUUCAUGAAAGGGUCAAUCAUUCAGUUGGCCAAUGGGGAGCUGAAGAAAGUGGAGGACUUAAAAACAGAGGACUUUAUACAGAGUGCAGAAAUUAGCAAUGACCUAAAAAUAGACUCCAGCACAGUGGAGAGGAUUGAAGACAGCCAUAACCCAGGCAUUGCUGUGAUACAGUUUGCAGUUGGAGAACAUCGAGCACAGGUCAGCGUUGAAGUCUUGGUUGAAUACCCUUUUUUUGUAUUUGGACAAGGCUGGUCAUCCUGCUGCCCUGAGAGAACCAGCCACCUCUUUGAUUUGCCAUGUUCCAAACUCUCCGUUGGGGAUGUCUGCAUAUCGCUUACUCUCAAGAAUCUGAAGAAUGGCUCUAUUAAAAAGGGCCAGCCCAUGGAUUCAGCUAGUAUCUUGCUGAAGCACUCAAAGAAUGACAGUCUAGCUGGAAGUAGACACAGGUAUGUGGAGCAGGAAAAUGGUAUUAAUCAGGGAAGUGCACAGAUGUUAUCUGAGAAUGGUGAACUGAAGUUUCUGGACAAAAUAGGAUUGCCUGCAGCACCUUUGCUCACCAAAACAGAACCCAGCAAGCCCACGGCAACGAGGAAGAGGAGGUGGUCGGCCCCUGAAACACGGAAACUAGAGAAAUCAGAAGAGGAACCACCUUUGACUCUUCCCAAGCCUUCUUUUAUUCCUCAGGAGGUUAAAAUUUGCAUUGAAGGUCGAUCUAACGUAGGCAAGUAAAGGCUGUUUGGGGAAAGGAAAUUAGGUUAUCCCUUGUCAUUUUUAUCCAGAUUACUGUACUGUAGACUAAAUAAUCCAGUAUUUACAUGUUAUCAUCUUAUUUUAGGUUUAUGUUAUAACCUUGUUGUUAUAGUUGCAGCUGGUAUUAUGCAGGAGACAGGUGCAUAUGUUUUUCCACAAGUGUUUUGUCAGUGACUAGGUUUAUUGAGAGCUGCAGAAGGGGCAGUAUCUGCUUCACGCACCCUUUGUGGAAAUGAAUGUGUUGUCAUGGCUCCUGUUUUCUGUCACCUAGUGUAGAGCAGACUCCAGGUGUUUUUUUUUCUGUGAGGUGACGAGAAGGGAACUGUAGCAGAGAUAAACUGCGCUGCGUGCAUUGUGUGUGUUUCAGUCUCAAGGAGGGAUUGCAGCUCCUUAGGAAUUUCUCUUGCGCCAAGAGAAUGCUAAGAACCCAAAACACACACAUUAUUAAAAAAGGAUCAGACAGUCUUUGACACAUUUCACAAUCAAAUCAACUCUUUGUCAAGGCUCUACAGUAUAUAUAUUUUCCCCCAUGGGGUCCAACUGCACUGAAUUUUAUUCGUAAAGUGACUGCCAUGCAAAUGUUUCUUUUCGGCUUGCUAGUGCAGUUCCAUUGCCAGAGUGUAACGUUCAGUAAGGUUCUAUGCUUGCAUUGUUACACUGCUAGUUUUUAAUUAAUGACAUAGCCAGGCUGAGGGAAGCAUAAAGUUCAUUGAGUCCCCUAGCUAAGGGGAAACUCCUGGUUCUGUGCAGUGUUCGAUAAAUUGAUCAGGUUAUGCCAUUGACAUUUGCUUCCACAAGGUAGACACGUACUGCCCCUUUGAGAGCGCAGACAUAAAUUGUUUGCAUUUAGGUUGCAAAUCUUUGUCUUUAACUCUAGUACUGUUUUUAGUUCAUGACGAUGGACAACUGGUGCCACUUUUUUUCAAAAUUCAGUGUGACACAAGGAAUUGGACGUUGAAGAUGAACAUAGAAUGUCUUUAAGCACUUAAAAUGCUGUUCACGCUUUCUUGUCGAGCAUCCUGGUCUAACACUCAAUAAGUACUGUAUAUCACUUUAAUCUGUUUGAGGGGAAAAAAAGAAACUAUUCAACACUGUUAACUACAUAUGACUAUGUAGAGUUUUCUCACAAGCAAGAUGUUGGAAAUUUUAAUGUGGUUUCAAAGGGAUGAAUGUGAAUUAUUGAACUAGUAUGUGACAGUCAUUGUCCACAAAGGACUACUUAAUAGGAGGCACUUUUAAAACUUUAAUGCUUGAGAAAGAGUUAAAGGCAUAUGCGAGCUGACAGAUAAUAAAAGAAUAUGAGAGAGGAAAAAGGAAAGAGGAAAAAAAUCAUUCUUGUCCAGUGUUUUUGAAAAAGAUGGACUUUAAAGAAUCUUGCAAUUUGCACAUCUUGAGUUUAUCAUUUGUGUGGUAUUCCUGCAGUUUUUACCUAGUAAUGUUGUGGGGCAGGGAGGGGGACUGAGCAAGCAUAAACAAAUGUAGCAAUUAUUUACUAACCUGCCUAAGCUGUAGGCCAUUUUAUAGAGUUAUGUUCCUUUUAAAGUUCCUUUUUGGUCUUUCUGCCAUAUCUGUCGCACAGAACCAGGUCCUAGCAGGACAACUUGGAGAAUUUUUCUUCAGAUACAUUGAGAGAGUUUUCCAGAAAAGACAUCUCUAUACAUAAGCAGGAUUUUAUUAGAAAAAGAAACUAUUAUUAUUUUUUUAUUAUUAUUAUUUGUUGUUAUAAUGACAUUUUCCAGCUGAAAUACAAUCUUGAUUUCAGAGUUUGGUACAAAACAGUAAGAGGGAAUGGGGGUUAAGUCUUUUCUGUUCCCAGUAAUCUGAAACAAAGGUAGGGCCGGAUCCUUAAAGGUGCUGUGCACCUUUGGUUCCUGUCAACAGGAGGUGCAAGUACUAAGCACUUCAGGUGUGAGCUGAAGCCCAUUGCAUUCAAUCCCCUUGGUUUUAGUGGGCUUUGGAUUAGGCCCUCCAUGAUCAAGCCUUUAUAGUACUAUUACUUUUGUUCUGUAAUUGAGUUUGCAUCCUUCAAGUACUUUUGAAGAAGCUGUACUAAUAGGGAGAAGUAGGCUAUAAAAGUUCUUGAUUAGAGAUACAGUAUCUAAAAUGAACAAAUUCCUUAAAAAUCUCAUUUUCCCACUCCUAAAAUACAGUAUUUCCAGCUUCUUUAUUUACAAAAAGUCUGAAACCCACCCCACCCCCCAGCUUUUUGGUUCUCUUAUUUGUUACUUGAAAUUUAGGUCACACCAGAACGAAUUGUUUUUUUAUACCAUUUUCUGCGGUGCACCAAAAACAUUUAAAUAAGUUUAAAAUCGCUUGAAACUUUUCUUGAAUUUCCUUGAAUUUCAUUUACCUCUCGGCAGGCUACCAAACAGCUGAGCAGGUUCAUUCUCACGGUCACACUGCUUAUCUAGUGCUGUACUUUUUUUUAACGUUUCUGCUCAGAGGACUUGCUUAAUCUUCCAUAUACUCCGCUCAGGGCACUUGCAAUUUAUUGUUGUUUUGUUUGUUUUGUUUUUUGUUAUGUUUUAACCUUUGAUGGUAAGAGGAAUAGAAAGAUGUGGGCAGAAUUAGAUUUUAGUUCACGUUAGUACCACUAUAUUCAUAAUAUACAUACUCAGAAAAUCUGAAAUAAAACCACACACACACACAUCUUUUUGGCUAAUAAAGAAGCAGGGACUCUUAAACUGACUGGAUCUAUUCUACUAACACUAACAAUAAACAAAUAAAAAAAGUUUGGAGCAAUAGGAAUGUAUUAGUUCUGUGCUGGUAUUUCAGAUUUAGGAAUUCUGAAAUAAUUGGUUCCUUCCAAGCAAUUGUCCCUUUUUGUGCUUUUGCUUUUUUAGGAUGUGCAAUACUUUAUGUGCCAACGUAGACUCACCCACGUGGUAGUAGCUAGAUCUCACACCCUCUUCCACUUUCACCUUUUUGUUUUCUUUCACUGUUUUCUCUACCCCCCUCUUCCCAAAAUAAAAGUGUUUAGGGCCUUAUAUCUCCCUUGAUUGGGGGCACAGAAUCAGUAUGUAGUUAACAGGUAUGGCGCACAUGGAUCGAUGGCCCUGGAUGGUCCAUAUUCUUUCAAAUGCAAGUCCCUGUUCUCCACAAUAUAAAGAAGAAGAUCCAGAAAAAGACUUAGUGGAUGUUCCCUCCCACAAAAAAAAGGAUUUUUAAAGAGGGGGGGAAGAAUUUUGUGAAUGUGAGGGACCUGUAAAUGGCAAACAGUUCAGUCAUGAGUAAAUAACAUCGCCUCUUACAUGAGUGAAAGCAGCCUUCUACAGCAUUAUCAGUGUCAUUUUCUCUUCAAUCUAUGCCUGUAUCUGUUACUUUAUAUAUAUAAUAUACCUAUACUUUACAUGCACGUGUAUAUGAAUGUUACCAUCUGUUUGAUGUACAAUGUGGGUGAAAUUCACCCCUGUGCAAAAAGCCAACACAAAGCCUAUACACCACUUAUGUUACUAACGGGUGCAUUAACUUGCUAUUGGCUCUCUGUACAGGAGUAAAUCUCACUCCUAAAGGGACAGAAAGAGCUGACUACUUUCAGUUGGAUGAAUCUGGUUUACCUGGUGGCAUCUGGAGUUUGGCUCCAGUUGCAAUGAACUGGCAGGCCCAUGACCCUUCAGUCACAUGAGUAAAUCCUUAAUCCAGUGGGAUGAGUUGCCCCGUUGAUAGUUCAAAGGAGUAAGGGUAUGCCUGCUCUCCAGCAGCAUUGUUACAGCUCUGCCAUACUGUAGUGUACACACUUCCUACCUAGACCGAAGGGGGGUUUCCGUCAGUGUCGUGACUCCACUUCUCUGUCAUGUAGGGCUCAGUGGAAGAAUUCUAGCCACAUCUACACUGGGGAUUAGGUCGACCUAACUGUGGUGCUCAGGGUAUGAAAUUUUUCACAGCCCUGAGCAACAUUGCUAGGUCAAUCUAAUUUUUAAGUGUAGAUGUGGCUAGAAUUCUUGUGGCUUGAGGUGCAGAGUGAAAACAACAAUCACAGGCAUAGAAAUAUUUAGGUGAGUUCAGUGUAAAAGGAUUAGUUAUGUGCCUCUGUACAGUGUCCACUUUGCAAUAUUAACUGACAAGUCUUUUUUUUUUUUUUUUUUUUUUUUUUUUUUUUUGUACCAGACCUGUUUAGUUUACAAUGAAAUGCAUACAAUCACCAAGAAAUUUAGUCAGGGCAAAA